UAGGCCAGGCGACGUACGCCAAGUCAGCUGAUCCAGUGGUGACCCUGGCCGGUAGAGUAGUUGACACGACGAUUCAUCCUGACAGGUUCGUGCAUCUGUUCUGAGCCGCUUUCCCUGUUGUAUGGCAGACUCGUCCCCGAACGGCAUUGUCACUUUUUUAUUAUCAUCGAAGCGGGAAAAAUGAAUUAGAUAACAUCGAACCGUUUGUCCUCCACGUCCGAUUAUCUUAUGCGAGUCACCAGAUGCUAGCUUUACAAGAAAAGAGAUAAAGAGGGAAUCUACGAGAUAAAUCUAUGAGAAAAGUGAUAAGCGAGUGCCUACAUGUGAGAUAACGUGCGCGCGUUGUGCAAUCAAUAUAGAUAAUUAUAAUGCGUCUGAUAAUUUGUGAUACCGUGGAUUACGUUGCGGAGUGGUCUGCAAAAUAUGUUUUAAAGAGAAUCAAUGAUUUCAAUCCCAAUGAAAAUAAAUAUUUUGUUCUUGGUCUUCCUACAGGAGGCACGCCCUUGGGCAUGUACAAGAAACUAAUAGAAUUUUAUCAACAAGGCAAAAUUUCUUUUAAGUAUGUUAAAACGUUCAAUAUGGACGAAUAUGUUGAUUUGCCGAGAGAUCAUCCAGAAUCUUACCACUAUUACAUGUAUCACAAUUUCUUCAAACAUAUAGAUAUCGAUCCGAAUAAUGUGCAUAUACUUGAUGGAAAUGCGGCAGAUCUCGAAAAAGAAUGCAAUAAUUUCGAAAAGAAGAUUAAAGAAGCUGGAGGAGUAGAAUUGUUCAUUGGAGGCAUUGGACCAGAUGGACAUAUAGCUUUCAACGAACCGGGUUCAUCGUUAGCCUCUCGCACGAGGGUGAAAACUCUCGCGCAAGAUACUUUAGAAGCCAAUGCGAGAUUUUUUGGAAAUGAUAUCAAUAAAGUGCCAAAGCAAGCACUGACUGUAGGUGUUGGUACUGUAAUGGAUGCUAAGGAAGUAAUGAUUCUUAUUACUGGAUCUCACAAAGCCUUUGCCCUUUAUAAAGCCAUAGAGGAAGGUAUUAAUCAUAUGUGGACGGUAUCUGUAUUUCAACAACAUCCUCGUACGCUCAUAAUCUGCGACGAAGACGCAACUCUAGAAUUGCGCGUGAAAACGGUUAAAUACUUCAAGGCGCUCAGUGAUGUACAUCGCAAAUUGAUUGAGGAAGAUGGAAAUGCAAUCCCCCGCCGCGCAGUGCAAAACGAUUAAAGUGAACUUGUGGGAUAUUCAUAGCAAAUUGAUUGAGCAAGAGGGUCGAUCAAAGUAAAGAUUUUAUCAUCGUCAGCAACUUAUGAGAUGAAUUUACAUACAUUUACAUGAUUGGAACAAACAGUCAGAAGUUUUAAUAUAAUAUAAUUAUGAUUAAACUGAUCAGAUAUUACAAAAUGCAAUAUAUAUGUAUCUUACGUUCGUUAUUUUAAUUAAUCGUAUUUUAUACGAAAAUUUCAAUUAUAUAUGCUAUCUUAUACUGCCAUAAAUGCCAGAAAAAUAUAUUUUUAUAUCAUUAUUCUCUAUUAUUACAG